AUGGCGCCUCCAGUUCCACCCAAACUCGUACCCGGCGCACCAGCCAAGCCCACCGAGAACUAUUCACCCAACGGGCCCAAGGUCAUCCGGCCACCUCCAUACAAGGGCCUGCCGGGUCCCAAGACGUCAUCUUGGGAAAAGAUGCUGCCCGGCGCCGGUGUGGCGACGGCAGCAGCGUCAGUAGCCAGCGGCUCGCGGCAGGCCGUGCCGGCGGGACCCUCCAAGACUCCCAAGACUUCCAAGGCUUCCAAGUCGGUCCAGGUCGCUCCCAAGGCCACUCCUGCGACUCCAAAACCUGUUCUCACCCUCGACCCGAACGAGUUUCCGACGGCCGCUGAGUCGGCCCCGACGCCCAAGCCGGAGCCCAAGACCGACCUCAAACCCGAUCCCAAGGCCAAUCCGAAGAGGGGAAACAAGGAGAGCAAGAACCCCGUUAGCCGUCCCACUACUGUACCCAAGCUCCAGGGGGCGGUACCGGAGCCAAGAACGAAGGGGACGGGCCUUGGGAAACUGUGA